ACAUUCCAUUACUUUAGUGGAAUCGAUUAGCACAAUCAAUCGUUGGAAUCAAUUGUCACAAUCGGAUGGAUCAAUUACCACUUGACCCUAACUGGCAAGGCUAUGAAAUUGCAGUCUAAAAUACACUUUGUUUGUACACUAGCAUAACAAAUUGAAAAUAACAAAUUCUGAUUGCCACUGAUAUUUUGUAUAACAAACAUCAAAUGUGCACAGGAUCAGUUUCAAUCAUGUACAAAGUAGCUGUCAGCUAUAGCCAAGCCAAUGCAUGAUUGAGAAGGUACAUGCAUGAGAGUUGUAUAUUUUCAGUAAUUGUUACAGAUGCUUCUCCCUCUUCUACUCUCCCUGGCUCUUACCUCACCUGCCAACUGCUGGACCAAUGGAACGACUGUCGAGUAUUGGGUGAGACCAGACACAAUGUCGGAGUGCCCCCACUCCAUACCACAACACCAGUGUGUCACUAUAACAGAUCUGGUGACUAAUUCGACAGACACAAGCAUCAAUGGUGGUAUGAGCAUCAAUGUCUUCUUCUUAGCUGGGACUCAUGUUUCAAAAACUAAAGGUUGGAUUGUUGUCGGAAAUCCUUAUACAGAUGGGAAUGUGUCAGCAAAUUUUACAACAGAUAGACAAAACCAACAAAAGGUAAUAAUAGUUGAUUGUGAGUCAGGUUCCCCAAUAAGCUUUGUAUUUCUUCAACUUCAAGCUUUAAGUUUGAAAAGUAUUAAACUACAAAAUUGUGGCUUUAAAGUAUCAUUCAAGAAACAGUUUAAUGGUAUGAAGUAUCUGAAUGAAAGCAUAUCAUCAGUACUGAUCGUAAACGUACCAAAGCUGCUAGUUGCUGACAUCACUAUCACUAGCAGUAGAGGAGCUGGCAUGAUCAUUAUUCUAACAGACUGCCACAAUAGCAACAUGGUAAUGCUAAACGAAAUCGUUAUAAACGGUAGCAAGCACACUGGAAAUACUAUGUUUGGAGGCAACUUGCAUUUAAUGAUGUUUAGUGUGUUACAAGAAAAUACACUUCGAAAACACACAAAUAUCUUAAUAGCAAAUUCUAUAUUCUUGAAUGGAAUCGGUUUGUGUUCACCAAGACCUACAGAAUUCGAAUGUUCGUCUGGUGGUCUAACAUUUCUUCUGACACAGGAAAACUUUCCUGGUAUAACUAUAGUGAUUAACAGAUGCAAAUUUAUCAACAAUAAAGCUCAAAGUGGUGGUGGGGUCAAAUUGUCAGGUCAAUUGAGACAGAACACUCGCAUUCAUAUCAAAGAAUCAAUAUUUUCAAGGAAUACAGCCAUAUUAAACGGUGGUGGCAUUGCAAUGGUAAUAAAUAAUUUCAGAUCAAGUUUGAAAAUAUCUGAAUCCGUGUUCAGUUAUAACACAGCUGAAUUUAAUGGUGGUGCAACAUACACUUCAUUACGUACACAUUUUUCUUACAACAAAUGCACUUUCAUAGGCAAUGAAGCUAGAUUUGGAGCAGCUGUCUAUUCAAACCAAUGCUAUCCAGCAAUAACCAAUUGUACAUUUAAACAUAACACAUGCAGAAUAAAUACAGCUCUAACAGACAUGGAGAUUGAUGAAACUGGUACUAUUGAUGUCAGAGAAGGAAUAUCUCUACUCAUAGAAAAUGUAAAAAUUACGAACAAUGAUUGUAGGGGCAUUUAUCUUUAUGAAACAGGAUUAAAUCUGUUUGGAAAAAGCCUACUUAAAGGUAACCAUGCUCGGCAAUCAGAUGGUGGGGCUAUACUGUUUGAUUGUUUAGUCUCUUUUACAACUUUUGCUGUAUUUUAUACUGAAUCAAAUGCUACCCUUAGUAUAAUAAAUAACACAGCAGAUGGUUAUGGUGGCGGUGUUGCAAUUCGUCGUAAUUGUGGCGGAACUGGAAUCUGUUUCUUUAAAAUUGAACCACCAACAAACAAAAUAACAAUUAGUAUGAAACACAACCUAGCAACGAAAGGAGGUGAUGCAAUUUAUGGAGGAGACCUAGAAUACUGCAAUUUAUGGGAUAUACUCGAUAUCACAGAGAGAAAUACAUCAUCAGCUGUUUCCUCUCUUCCGUACCAGGUCUGUAUUUGCUCUGAUGACUUCCCACAAAAACACACUUGUUCACACUCCAUGCAAUUACACGCUUAUCCAGGACAAAGGUUCCAAGUUCCACUAGUUUGUGUUGGCCAGUACAACUAUUCCUCUCCUUGCAAACUACAAGCACAUUUAGAGAUAACAAGUAUUGGUAGUAUUGCUGAUGAGGCACACCUUCAAAAGAUUGCCACAGAAUGCAAGCAACUGUACUACUCAAUAGAAACUCAACACACAAACUAUACUGAAAGGCUGAGUCUAACUAUAGUCAAGGAACAAGAUUCAAAUUAUCUAUGGAAAUCACAAACGAUAUCAACAGUAAUUGAAAUAAUAAUUAAAGUAUGUCCACCAGGUUUUACACAAAAUAAUAAUGACAGAAAAUGUAUCUGUACAGACUAUCUAACAUCCAAAGGAAUCACAUGUAACAUUGACGAGGAACGAUUGUACAAGACGUCCUCCAUGUGGGUUGGCAACUAUUCAGGGGAUGUUUUGGUGCAUCAAGUCUGUCCAUUUGAUUACUGUAAAAGCAACUUCACCAGAGUCAAUCCUUUCAACCAGCAAGACCAGUGUGACUUUAAUCGCAGUGAUGUACUGUGUGGAGCCUGUCGACCCGGGCUCAGUCUAGUCCUGGGUACGUCACUGUGUAAAGAAUGCUCAAAUAUCUACCUUCUCCUACUGAUACCAUUUGCACUUGCUGGAGUCGUUUUGGUUGUCCUGUUACUCAAAUGUAACCUCACUGUUUCCACGGGCACUAUUAACGGUCUCAUCUUCUACGUCAACAUCGUACAAGCCACGCAAACCGCUUUCUUUCCAGUUGCCACUGAUAACAAAUUCGUAAGCAUUCUCUUUGUCUUUGUUGCCUGGUUGAACUUUGACUUGGGCAUAGAAACAUGUUUCGUGAAUAAACUUAACACAUACUAUCGUACAUGGCUCCAAUUUAUAUUCCCUCUGUACAUUUGGACAAUAGUCGGCCUGCUAAUCUUGAUCAGCCGCUACUCUAUCAAAGUCUCUAAAUGGACAGGCUCAAACACAGUAUCAGUUCUAGCUACACUCUUCCUACUAUCCUACGCUAAACUAUUGAGGACUACAUUUAAUACCUUUUCAUCGACUGCCCUCACAGAUGUCAACGGUAUGCCCACCUCCCUUUGGCUGCUCGACGGUCAGUACACAUUCUUAGAGUGGCCUCACAGCAUGCUCUUCACAGCUGGCUUGGUCAUCCUACUAGUACACAUAUUACCAUUCACCGUCCUGUUAUUAACGGCACCCGUUCUCCAGCGAUACACACACUACAAACUACUGAAAUCGCUUAAGAAGUUAAUGCCUCUACUGGAUGCUUAUCAAGGUCCAUACAGAGUCAAGUUUCGCUAUUGGACUGGGCUGCUACUGCUUGCUAGGCUCGUUAUACUAACAGCUGUGUCUUUGAACAUAUCGGGAAAUCAAGCGGUCAAUUUGCUAGUAAUAAGCAUAAUACUGACUAUAUUAACGAUAAUACUGAUAGUAUUUGGCAUAAAACAGCUGUAUAGAAGCAAACUAUCAAAUUUUCUGGAGCUAUUCUUUCUGGCAAACCUUCUGAUACUAACUGUAACAUCACUGUUUUUACAGUCAAACCAGACUGAUAAAAUCAACAGACAGAGCAUAACAGUCUGCUGUACAGUGGGCAGUGCAUUCGCUGUAUGUGUACUCAUCUUAGUCUAUCACUGCUACGUUGUAUGCCAGAGAAUAGACGCGAUCAAGAGGCUAACAUUGAGAGUCGCUUCAUCUCUAAAAGGGCCACAGAAUCGAGUACUAACUAACAAUGACAUCAUCAGUGGCCCCCCGCAUAGCACACCCCCCACAGUCACAGAGAUUGAUUUGAGGGAACUGUUACUAGAGAAUACCUGCUCAGACUCAUAAAUGUAUGCCAUUAACUUACGUAACAGUUUUGCACAGCUAGAUGACACAGAACAAGUUUCCAAGAGAAGUGUAUGAUUAACUAUCAUGCUAGGCCUAGGGGAGUUAGCACAUAAUUAUUAAGUUGAAUAAUUUAUAUACAUGACCAUUGUAUACAUGUCACGUAUAUAACUAUUAUAGCUGACAUCCCUCAAAGAAUGAUCAGGCUAUAUAGUAUAAUUAUGAAAACAGUUAUACACACAUCAAAUACAAAGAUAUCGUGGAUCAAUAACAAUUCGUAGCAUUUUGGGAAUGAGGUGAGUAUGAAAAUUGACAAUUCAUGUGACUCUGAUGAGAAGGUGCAUUGUAUUUACAUCCCAGGCAGCAUAAAACAUGAAAAUUUUGUAGGCAGUACUAGAAUGUUUUGCGAGCAUUAAACAUUUGCGAACUUUGCGAUGGUGGAUCAAUUCGCAACAAUAAAAUCCGCAAAACCUUUACUAGUAAAUAGACACGAUCCUUGCCUGAACGCAAUAGCUAGAUCGCAAAGUCAAAUUUUCUGCUGAUUUGGCUCAUUCGCUAUAAGGUUUUUCACUAACAAAAUAUCUAGUAGUGCUGAUCGUAUCAAUCAAAAGCAGUCAGGUGACCAUGCUCCACACUGAAGUGUACUUUUUACUUUUUUAGCAAUACAAACAUUGAAUGAAUGUUUUAA